CUUGUUUAUUUCCCACCAAACAAAAAAACCAAAUCGCCGAGCAGCUUCGCGGCGACGCACCACGUCGGCCGGCCGCCACCGCCGGAGAGGGAGGGCCUCCCCGACCCUCCCCGCCAAGAAGGAUCCUAUGGCGGCGGGGGCGCACGCGUCGCGCGCUUCGGCUCCGAUCAUUGCAGGUCUCACAGGUGCUCUUCGAGCAGCAUAUAAAGGAUUUUCUCCUCAGUUAUGCAACUUCCAUGCGUCAGUAAAUAAUGGACUUCUCCACAGAAGGAAAAUACAACUCCAUUUUAUAUGCUCUUUUCGCUCCAUACAAGCAAGAUAUAACCAUUCGUCAGCUGUUGCACCUAAGGACUAUUGCGAAACUUACAUCCAGUUUCUAAGAGAUAAACAGAUAGUUCCUGAUUCAGAUCCUCCAAGUGCUAAGGAUGUGGACCUACUUUACCGGUUUAUUGAUCAGAGUAAAAAACUCAUGGUGUUAACUGGAGCAGGAAUGAGCACUGAAUCAGGAAUUCCUGAUUAUAGGAGCCCUAAUGGUGCUUACAGUUCUGGUUUUAAACCACUUACUCAUCAGGAGUUUGUUCGUUCUAUUCGAGCCCGAAGGCGGUACUGGGCUAGGAGCUAUGCUGGAUGGAGAAGGUUCAGGAGAGCACAACCAAACUCAGCCCAUUAUGCUCUUGCAUCACUGGAGAGAAUUGGCCGGGUACACUCAAUGGUUACUCAAAACGUGGAUAGGUUGCAUCAUCGUGCUGGGAGUAAGCCAGUUGAAUUGCAUGGAAGUGUGUAUGAGGUAGCAUGUUUAGACUGUGGUACAUCCAUUGACCGAGAAUCAUUCCAGGAGCAGGUCAAGGACCUCAACCCAAAGUGGGCUCUAGCUAUUGACAGUUUGGAAGUAGGACAACCGGGCUCAGACAAAAGUUUCGGAAUGCAGCAGCGACCUGAUGGUGAUAUUGAGAUUGAUGAGAAGUUCUGGGAGCAAGAUUUUGAUAUUCCUAGUUGCAACCAAUGUGGUGGAGUGCUGAAACCUGAUGUUGUGAUGUUUGGUGAUAAUGUUCCUGAAGAGAGAGCUGAAAGCACUAAGGAGGCUGCAAGAAAUUGUGAUGCUCUUCUAGUGGUUGGUUCAGCACUAAUGACAAUGUCUGCUUUUAGGCUCGCAAGGCUUGCACAUGAAGCGAAUGCUCCAAUUGCGGCGAUCACCAUUGGUGAGACCAGGGCUGAUAGUAUUUUAUCCUUGAAAAUUAAUGCAAGAUGUGGGGAGAUACUGCCCAGAAUACUUCAGAUGGGAAGUCUAGCUGUACCAAACGUAAGUUAAGCUGGUGCUGCGCAGUCAUCUUUGUCGGAAACCAUGUUUCCAUGUAAGAACAAUUCUUUGGAGAACAAACAAGUCACAAGGGAAGACGAAACAAUGAAAGAAACUUUUAGCAACUAAUUAAGUUCAGUUCAACUGGGCAGAAUAUCAUCUCCAUCCUGUUUGCAUGAGAUGAGGGAGUUAACCUUGUUAACCCUGUUGUUGUAAGUGUGUAAACCUUAACCUUGUUAACCCUGUUGUUGUAAGUGUGUAAACCUUUUUCAGUGACAAUUCAUUCAAAUGUUUCCAAAGAUAUGGAUAUCCCGAACUGAUCAGCACAUUGAAGAAGUACAAUAUGCUUUGAUAGUUCCUUGUAAUGUGUCAUUAAGCAGAAGUUGAAAAACGUUCUAGCUGGUCCGGAUAUUUGGAUUCA